GGACUCCCAGCAGGGCAUAUUAUAAUUAGAGUUCCCUUCAGUUAUUUGAAAAAGUCAGUAUCAGCAGGCAGUCAAAGCCGGUCAAAGUGAAUGUACAAGUAAACAAAUACGAAUUUACGUACAUAUGUAUCUAUCUGUAUCUAAAUUAAUGUGUGAUGUAUCUAUGUGUGUGUGCCCGGGCUUGGCUAUUGUGCAAGAGAGAGGAGAGAGAGGAGAGCACACGCUGAGCUGUUGCUGGCAGAGAGAGAUUAAAACUGGAAUUGUAACUGGAAUUGAAAGAGAGCAGAGAAAUGUCGAAAUAUGCAAUUGCGGGAUUUACUUGCAAUCGUGCUGGGUUGUGUGAUCUUGGGCAGCGGCUGCUGCUCGGAGAGGCCGCAAAAUGUGCUGCUCCUGCUGGCCGACGAUGCUGGCUUCGAGAUGGGCGCCUAUCUGAACAAGUACUGUCAGACACCGAAUUUGGAUGCGUUGGCACGCAACGGAUUGCUGUUUAAUAACGCCUUCAGCUCGGUGAGCAGCUGCAGUCCGAGUCGCGCCCAGCUGCUGACCGGGCAGGCGAGCCAUGCCAGCGGCAUGUACGGGCUGCAUCAGGGCGUGCACAACUUUAAUGUGCUGCCCGAGGUCAGUUCGUUGCCCAAUGUGCUGCGGGCGCAGAGCAAUGGACGCAUUUUGAGCGGCAUCAUUGGCAAGAAGCAUGUUGGCGCCAGCUCCAACUUUCGCUUCGACUUUGAGCAGACGGAGGAGCAGCAUUCGAUCAAUCAGAUCGGUCGCAACAUAACCAAAAUCAAGGAAUACGCGCGAGAGUUUCUGGCACGGGCCAAGGGCGAGGGUAGACCCUUCUUUUUGUUGGUCGGCUUCCAUGAUCCGCAUCGCUGUGGCCACAUCACGCCACAGUUUGGCGAGUUCUGCGAGCGCUGGGGCAGCGGGGAGGAGGGCAUGGGCACGAUACCCGACUGGAAGCCCAUCUACUAUGACUGGCGCAAUUUGGAGGUGCCCGCCUGGCUGCCCGACACGGAUGUGGUGCGUCAAGAGCUCGCCGCUCAGUAUAUGACGAUCUCGCGCUUGGAUCAGGGCGUCGGAUUGUUGCUGCACGAGCUGCAGGCAUCGGGCUUGGCGGCGGAAACUCUGGUUAUCUACACCUCGGACAAUGGGCCACCUUUUCCGGGCGGACGCACAAAUCUUUACGAGCAUGGCAUUCGCGCCCCGCUGAUCCUCAGCUCGCCGCAGCCGGACGCCCGUCGCAGGGAGAAAAGCGCCGCCAUGGCCAGUCUCCUGGACAUAUAUCCGAGCGUCUUGGAUGCCCUGCAGCUGCCGCCGCCCAAUGGAACUCGCUUCAGCGGCCAGUCGCUGUUGCCCGUGCUGCAAAAGGAGCCGGAGCCCGUGGAAAGCGACGCGAUCUUCGGCAGUCAGAGCUACCACGAGGUGACCAUGGCCUAUCCCAUGCGCAUGGUGCGCAAUCGCCGCUACAAGCUCAUCCACAAUCUCAACUACUGGGCCGAUUUUCCGAUCGAUCAGGAUUUCUACACAUCGCCCACAUUCCAGCAGAUACUCAACGCAACCAUCCAGAGGCAGCCGUUGCCCUGGUACCGCACGCUCCGGCAGUAUUACCAGCGCCCCGAAUGGGAACUGUAUGACAUCAAGGCGGACACUUUGGAGCGCAACAAUCUGGUGGACAAGCCCAAAUAUAGCGCCACCCUGAAGCAGUUGCGCCAGAAGCUCUUCAGGUGGCAGGCGGAGACCGAGGAUCCCUGGCGCUGUGCCCCGCACGCUGUGCUGCAGGAUCAGGGCGUUUUCAAGAUGGAACCCGUCUGCUUGACCCUCGGUCACGAGGCGCUCCAAAGGCCCAAACGUAGGGUGCUCACGCAGUACGAGGAAUAUGUCGUGGUCUAGCUGCGAUUAGCGAUAUCGUAUAUAUACGAUACGAUCAAGUAUUUUAUGAAUGUUUCGUGGUCUAGCUGCGAUUAGCGAUAUCGUAUAUAUACGAUACGAUCAAGUAUUUUAUGAAUGUUUCAAGUACAUACUCAUUUUUGUAUUUUGUCUUAUCUCAUUCGAACUAAAAAUAAACUUUUGGCGCUGAUA